AUGCCGUCCAUCUGGUCCUUCGCUGGGCCGUCCGAGCAAGCCGGACCAUCCGCCGACUGCCAAGAUGAAAAUCACCCUCCAUCACCUUCGAGCUCCACCAUUCCACCGCUCAUCAUCUGCGAAGGCUUCCUCAGUGCAGCCCAAAGCGUCGUCUGGGGCAACGAAUUCCGCACCUAUCUUGGCGUCGGCCAUCAGCAGCUAGUCGACUCUGUCAUCCUACCAUCAUCCUCGCCGCAGCCUCGUCGUCGUCGUUCGGGACUUGGCUCCUCCCGACCGGUCAUAUUCGCACCCAUCGGACCGGUUUCCAGCCUUCACGAUCGAGCCUGCGAGCUGUUCUACGCUCUCCGCGGAGGCACCGUCGACUACGGUCACACCCACUCCCUCACCCACGGACACUCUCGCUACGGUCGACACUACCACUCCCCUCUCUGUCCAUCCUGGGGGUCAUCCUCCCCCGACUCUGCAUUCCUUCCAGCCCAUUUCUUAGGUCACAGUCUCGGUGGUCCAACCAUUCUCAAGUUGCAACAACUUCUUAGACAGGGGUUCUUCGAUCAUGCUCUUCCCAACAUCCCCACGGGCUACUCACCUGCGGAUCUGAUUUUGUCGAUCACAUCGGUUUCUUCGCCAUUUCGAGGUACACCGCUGGUGUACAGCUUGGGUUCGGAACCAUUACCGUACCCGAAGGUGCGCAUGUUUUCGUUCGGAGACAUGCUUUCCAAGUUCAUCCACAUUGCGGCGUGGCUGGAUCUGCCGUUCUUCGAUGCACAUGCUGACGCUUGGCAUUUCUCACGCCGGAAAUCGAUCGGUCAGAGGGAGAUGGCACCUGGUGGAGUCAUUCCGGGGGAGGUGGAGGGAGUGGGAGAGGAAGAAAAGAGAAAGAUCGCAGGGGUGAGGGGGAUAUUGAGACAGUUGUGGAAGAGCGAUUGGGCCGGUGGUAGGGACUGUGCUCCCUGGGACUGUACGUUUGCAGAACGAGACCAGGACCGUUCUUCUCAAGGAUGGGGUCUGGAAGAACCGAACAAGAAGAGGUUGGGAAAGACUUGGUACAGAUCCUAUGCCGGAGGAAUGACUGUCGCGGACUCGAAAGACGAAGGGCCAAAGUUUCAUCGACCGGAGACGUACUGGUCCUUGUCGCCGUUGACGUAUACGAGUCACUUGAUAGGUCAUUUCGACUAUGGCAAGUUGCAGCCGGUUCCGAGCUUUAUGCACGAAGGCGAGAAAGGAGGUGCAGGUGUAGAAGGGUUGCAUUCGAGCUGGUGGGAGAACGACGGUGUUGUGCCGCUGGCUUCACAGUAUCACCCGUUUGGGUGCAAGGUGGGAGAGUGUCGACAUUUUAAGGGGAUGCCGGCUAGUCUGCCAUGGGGAAAGAGGAGAAAGAGACCUCAGUCGAUGAUGCAAUCAAGCACCGCGGCGAUGGCGGGUCUUGUGUCGACGCCGUUAACGUCAACGGCCGAUGAGACGGACACACUGGUAGAUGUGUCGGUGGAAAAGGUGGACACGAGCGGGCAGGAAAGUGAAGGCCCACUGCUGCCACUCCCAGCAACGCAACCGAUCGCCUCGAAUCGAUCCAUGUUCGGAACAGCCCGUUCCGCCGCCAGAAUAGCCUACUUCACCUCGCUCCGCGCUAUCAAUGUCCACGAUCCACCACUCAUCACACCCAGCGACGAAGAACUCCGAUCGUUCCUCCCCGACCUCACACCCGCCACCGAGACCCUCAUCUCUCCGCAAUCCCCAUCAUCAACACCCGAUCGCCCCGCCGACAGGAUUUGGGCGGAGCAAAUCGCACUGCAACGUCAUCUGAUCGACCCAAUCGACAACCAGUGGUACACGUUCAAGAUCGACAAUCUCGACCACACGAGUCUGUGUCCCUUUUGGACGGGUAGCGAGGUUCAGAAGCAGUUUUGGACGGGCAUGGGGUUGUUCCUGGCUUCGGUGGAUCGCAAAGUUGGGUUCACGGUGGAAGACGAAGAUGAUGGUGAUGAUCGAUGA